AAGCAAUUGCAAGUUCUUCCAUUUGGCGUGGAGAUGGUGGAGUAAGUAACGUGUCGAUCUUUUUUGUGUUUAUUACUGGUGUUUUGCGUGGUUAUAAAUUCAAUUUUUGUUUUUUAGGAGAAUAAAAGAUAGUCAACUUUCUGCUUCGAUAAACCAGAAGCUAGUAGAGUCGGGCGAGCGAGAAAGGUAAAGCCUAGAAAACUACGUCGUCUCAUUGUAAAGAAUGCCCCCGGUAAACACUCUAAAAUCUAGAUUUCUCGUUUUACUUUAGGCAAAAAAAUUAAAACAUAUCAUAGAAUAAGAUUUUUUUCCUCGUAAAUUGAAAGCGCCCCUUUAAAUUACAGAAAAAAGAGAUCUUAUCCUAUGAUUUGUAUUAAUUUUUUUCUCGUAAAAAUUUACCCUGCAAGCAGAGUCGCUUCGAUCUUUCCUAGAUAAGUCGCUUUCCUCUUUCUCGACUUAAUCAAGAUCGAAGCGACGCUGCUAGCAGGGUAGUAAAAAUUAAUAGCAAAAGUUUUUCUCAAAUUGAGAGAUUGGGGCAAUCUCGAAUUUAGAGUGAAAUAUGCGACUUUAACUUGUAAUUGAUAGAGUUUCGACUUUGGUUUUCUCCCUGUAAACCGUCUUUAGGUUGGUAUUGCUUUUUAGCUAACCUUCAAAAAAGUCUGUGAAUUAAGCUUUAUUUACUCGGAUCCAAGGUCCAGACCUGCUGACCCCUCAUAAAGGAAAUUCUGGAAAUUAAUGAAAAAAAAAUCAGGAGAUUCUACAAAAAGUAGUGAGAUUCUAAUUUUCCUGAUCAAGAUUAAACGAACCCUUUUUCCAUUCCAGUGGGGGAAUGAACUGUUUAUUUAAAUAUUACCCUGCUUAAGUCGGGUCUCUCCUGUAAUGAAUUAGAUGCGGCUUUUUCUUUGAUGACUUUUAUUCAAGAGGCCAGAGAAUAGGUUACCACUGUGAUGAAACUUAAGCUUAUAGCAAGGAGUCAUUUCUUUCAGAUAAGCUAACUUCAUGGCUAAAAUGUUACAAAGCCCCAUCAAGGCUUAACCAGGCUCUAGCAUUCUGCGCAAAAUUUCUUUUUUUUUAUUCUUCAAGGCAACAUUUCAUUUGGGAGUGAUAUUUCCCAAAAAGACGUGACAUUGGGAGUCUUGUCACGAGUGUGUGGGAAAAGUUAACAAAUCAUGAGACUCACGAUAGAGUCAUGAGAGUUGGCAGGUCUGAAGAUACACACAGGUAGUUCCAACAGAUCCAAUGAGAGAGUGCAUCUCAUUAACCCCCGAAAGGCAUGCAAGAAUGUUUUGUCAGUUGGUGCCAUUGGUAUGAAUAGAAAAGAGGGUAUCGAGAGGGUACCAAGAGUCUCUGCAAGAACCCUUGUUUCCAACAUGAUUCAACAUUGUUGGAUCCAACAAUCUUUGAUGUUGCUAAGGAUAUGCGUACAAUGAAGUAACACGUUCAGAGCUUUCACUUUAAACAAACACAGUGAUAGAUAUUAGGGAGCUAAAUGACAAGGGCAAUGAUGACAACAAGAACAGCAUACAAGCAACAGACAUCUUGAACGACGUAAAAUAAGAGGGAUGAAUUUUGAAUGGCAUAUAUUAAUUUAAGAGACUUUUUUUUGCCACCGUAGUCAUCAUCGUUGCUUAAGCUCCCUAAUCAAGUGACUGCACACCUUUGUGCUAAAUAACAUGUUCAUAAUGUGAUUCCUCUUUUGAUUUAUUAAAGGUUGAAGGAACUUUUAAGAACCAAACUCAUUGAAUGUGGUUGGCGUGACAAAUUAAGGAGUCACUGUAAAGGUAACAUUAUAUGUUUUUGUAUUCCUAGACUUUCACUCAAUUAAACAGGGACAGCCAUUGGCUGAUUCUUGGUCACAUGGCCUUGACUAAAAUCAAAUGUGUCCCGAUUGUAAUACAUUAAGCAAUGUACCCUGCUCAGGAUACAUUACAGCACAUGAUCAAAGCAAGGUGGAAAGUGGCGUGACAGAAGGCUUGAAAAACACUACCAGUUUUCUUUUUCAUGAAUGAACACAACAACAGAAUCCUGAAGCCUCAAGCUAAAAAAAAAACAAUUUUCAAAGUUAUCCCAGAAGAGAAGCAGCAGCUAGUGGAGGAAAAAGGAGCAGAUAAUAUAAGGAGAGUACUUUGUAAAUCAUUCAUUAAGUGGUUUGAGAAUUAAAUUUGUCUUGGGAAACUUCAGGACUCUCGAUAAAACAAAACUAGCUGUUUCCCUCGGGAUCUGACAUUAAGUGGAUAUUAUACAAGUCUUGUUUAGUGUAUUGGUGUAAAAUCCAUUCACAAGCAGCAAUGAUACUGGUGAGGAGGAGUACUCAUAUAAAUUUCGGAUAGGUCUGAUGGGUUUGUGGGGCCCAGGGUUUUAAGCCCUGACCCUAUUUAAGGAUUCAAGACGAAUGAAAACUGAUACCCUUUUUAGGGCCCAAAGCUGGAAAAUGAAGCCCAAUUAAAGGGAAAAACAAAAACUAAGAAUUUAAUGGAAACACACAAAUCUUUCUUAAAUUGCUUCUGUCAUACUCUGAGGUAAAGUUCAGUUUUAAAAGCUGAUGUGUUUCUUGUGUAGUGGGGCAUUUACGCAGUUGAAGUUUAGCUGAUAUAAUAACAGAAUCCUAUCUAAGGAUCACACCGAGUAUACAGUGCCAACAAGGGCAAAGCUGCACAUACCUAUCUAGCUCCUACAUGGGAGUGCACCACCCCCCCUCCCUGCCUACCACGCAAUGAUAGUAUUGCCAAUGACUCUAGUGAGUAAUCCACUUUGUUAAUUCUGACCUUCCAUUGCAGAAGUGAUUAAACAAAAAGGCCUUGAAAAUGUCACAGUGGAUGAUUUAGUUGCCGAAAUAACUCCUACAGGAAGAGGUGAGGUCUGGGUACCUACAUCUUUGUGAUGAGUUGUGGGUAGACUUUUGAAUGAGUUCGACAUAAGGGUAGGGUGGGGUGAAGGUACAAGCAGGUGCUUAAUACCUUCAGUCCGAUCAGAAUAGCUGGAUUUUCUAAAAGCUAUCAGUAAAUGUUACCCAAGAGACCACAGCUUGGCUUCGGUGAGCUUUAAAUCACACCAACAAGUGAGAAGGUCGCUGCUAAGACUAAGAAGCAGGGCUGUCAACAAGAUAUUUUGAAGUUGCCAGGUAAAAACAACAAGUAGGCGGGGAAUCAAACCGCUAGGGAUUUCGUUGCAAGGUUCUAUUUUUCUUCUAUUUUCCUAUCAAAAUAGCUGGCGGCCAUGUUAAUAGUAGCUGGGGGAAAUCCCCUGCCCCCGCCUCUUAAUGACAGCUGCACUCUCUUGCAUGGUUUUUAGCAUUUAUGAAGUCAUUCACGUGGCUUGUCUGUCACUUAGUCGGUCUUAUUUAUGCAAUGACAGCCCUGAAGAAGUGUUAAAAAUGCACUUGGUGAACAUUCAAAAUUUCUCAUAACUCAUACUUAUGAGGUACAUGUGUUACUCUCAGUUCAUUAGUUCUUGUAGGUUUUGUAGGGCAAUGUUGCAAAUCAAUCUGAAUUGAUGGGCCUUGUGACUGGAACUAUUCUAUAGAUAUCAUUAAUUCCAAGGUCUAGAAAGAAUAAACAAGUUCUACUCAUCCACAUACUCAAUUGUUUUGUCAAAAUCAAACAAUAUUGUUUGAAAAUAAUCUUAAUGGUGCAAAAUUCAAUAUCAAUGUCGUUUCCUACAAUAAAUUUACCUUACCAAACAUGAUCAUUUUAAUGUAGUGGCAUGGCUCACACAUUUAAGAUAUACUUAUUUUUUCUUUACAGCUUUAGUACCAGAUGAAGUGAAAAGAGAGAUGCUUAUAAAGAUUCGUUCAUUUUUGGCUGCCAAUUCCUGA